AUGCUCAACGGCCGGACAAAGACAGCCCUGUCGGCACUAGCCGUCACGGGAGCAUCGGCCAUGGUGUCGCCGGGUCCGCUCACCAAAAUGGUCAACGUGUUCACCGGCACGGCGCAAAACAACGACCCGGGCAACGUGUUUGCGGGGGCGUCGGUGCCGUUCGGCAUGGCCAAGGUGACCAUCAACGUGGACGGCUACGCGCCGGCGGGGUACGUGUCCGAGUCCAAGGAGAUCGUCAAGGGCAUGUCGCCGCUGCACGACUCGGGGACGGGCAGCGCAGACGGCAGCUACGGGCAGUUCAGCAUCAUGCCGGUGGUCUGCGGCGGGUUCGAGUCUUGCCCGACCAUCGAGACGGCGCGGGGGCUGCGGCGGGACGGCGACGGGGUCAAGGACCAGGGGUUUCCGGGCUACUUCAGCACGCCGCUGACCAACGGGGUCUUGAUGGAGGCGGCGUCCACGCGGGGGGCGUCGCUGGAGCGCUACACGUUCCCCGCCGGCGUGAAGCCGACGCUGGUUCUCGACUGGACCACCGACGGGACGCACUCGUUCAACUACGGCCAGAUGCACGCCGACUGGCCGGCGCAGCGGAUCCUGAUGAACGGCACGUGGUUCAGCAGCUUCGGGCCCAGCCUGUUCCGCUACACGGCGUUUCAGUGCGUCGACCUCUCGGCCUCGGGAAAGUUCACGGACCGCGAGUUUUGGGGCGCCAACCCCGAGGGAUGGGACGCCCGACGCAACGACACCGACUCGUGGAACUUUGGCAGGUGGACGGAGCGCCGCCGCAACCCGGCCCUCACGCAGCCCACCAACGCCGGCGCCAUCGUGCGCUUCGGCAACACCAGCGGCACCAUCGUGGUGCGCCGCGGCGUGUCCUUUGUCUCGGCGGAAAAGGCCUGCCAGAACAUGGAGCAGCAGAUCCCGUCGCCGCAGGACUUUGACAAGGUCGUGGCCGACAGCAACGCGCUCUGGGAGGACAAGCUGCGCCGCAUCGAGCUGGCCGACGGCACGCCCGACAAGAUCCGCCAGCUCUUCUACACCAACUUUUACCGCACCUUCCUGUCGCCCAACAACGCGACGGGCGACGCGCCACCCCCCUACACGGAGUCGGCCCACCCCUACUUUGACGGCAUGUACUGCAGCUGGGACACGUUCCGGACGCUGUUUCCGCUCAUGGCGCUGACGUCGCCGCGCGAGAUGGCGCAGAUCACCGACUCGUACGUCGACGGCUUCCGGCGCGAGGGCUGGCUGCCCGAGUGCCGCGCCAACAACGUCAAGGGCUGGGUGCAGGGCGGCAACAACGGCGUGCCCAUCGUGGCGGACUUUAUGGUCAAGUACGCCAAGCACGCCGGGGAGCUGGGCGUCAACAUGGACGACUACUGGGCGGCGCUGGAGCACGACGUCACGGCCACGCCGCCCAACUGGGACUACGAGGGCCGCAACAACGAGGCGUACAACAGGCUCGGGUACAUACCCUACGGCUUCCUCGAGAGCACGGCCGUCGGCCAGCACACGCGCGAGUUCAGCCGCGGGCUCGAGUACUCGUUUGGCGACUUCACGGCGGCCAUGGCGGCGCAGGCGCUGGGGAAGCCCGCCGACGUGUGGCGCCCGCUGCUGGAGCGCAGCCUCAAGUACGGCGCCAACUACAACAUGCAGCUCGAGUCGGACGGCUACCGGGGAAAUUACGGCAACCAGGACCUGCACCAAUGA